AUUUUGGAAUCUCAUAUACAAGAAGAGUACAGAAGUGGACUUCAGGACGAAUUUGAAGCAUGGCGAAAAACCAUAGACUGUACUGAGUUUUGGGUUAACCAACGACGCGCCGAAGCUUUAGCAAAAACAAAUGACAACUGCUCAGAGGCUGCAAACAAUCUCUUGAUUCCCAACACUCAAGAGAUCAGGUCAUCAGUGGUGAAGUGCUAUGUACCUGAACCAGUGCCUGCUACUGUGAUUUUGCAAGUA